GAUCGUUAACUGGAGCGCACGUUUCGUUAAACUGAUGUUACACAUUGUGCAGUGUAUGGAUCCUAAUUUUGAUUGGUAUCCCUUAAGAUCCUAACGAACUGUACCAAACGGCGAACGCUUUUUUGCCCACGACAUCAAUUGUAACAUCUAUGAUAGAUACAAAGAAAAUACUCUUCCCUUGCCAAUAUUUUUUAUUUCCUCAAAGUAUCCUAUUCUUUGUUAGCCUCUAUUCCCACUAAAUAAUAUCAAACUCUUCAUUCCAAAUGAACUUGGGUAUGCAACAUCUAUCAGAGGCUGUGUUUGUGGAAAUGUGUUACAAAGUGGGAACCUCGCAGUCAGUGAGGAUGAGGAGAGAGAUGUUGGACUUCAGGGACAUGAUAAAAAAUCAAGUAAUUAAAACGAGAGAAGAAAAUAUGACAAUGGUUAGUGGGAGUCACAAAGAAGGAUUCAGGCUAGAGGGGUCAGAUGUGGAUUUUAUGAUUUGGCCAAAAGACCACAUCGUUAUAUGGGACUUAAACCAGGCUCAGAAUUAUGACUUAAGAAAAACACUGAUUCUCUGUGAUUGUUCUGAGAGCCCACCAGGAUUUGGGUUACUUGAAUUACUGACAUCGACACACAGGGAAAGUGUAAAAAAUGCAUGCAUAAAAAUAAAUGACAGAUUAUAUAUAUCCAGUUCCAAAUACAGACAGAUCACAUGUUCAGCCGAUUUGCCAAAUUUUAAGGAACAUGGCCCGUCUGGAAGUGGUGUUGUAGUGGGAGGAGAGCAUGACCAUGCCCAAUGUUUUGUCUGUAAUUUUUGGCCUCCUCCCGCCUCCAAAUGGAUAGACAGAUGUCACGCAUGCCCCCCAUCUUAUAUUGUUUAUGACAUAGUCAGUAAUGGGUGCCACUUUGUAGCAAUAGGACACAAACUAGGACAACAUGCAGACAAGGAAUGGAGAAUUUCUUUCUCUUUGGCGGAACAAAAACUUGUCUACUCGAUGAACCAGUGCCAAUUCUUAACCUAUGGGUUGCUUAAAUUGUUUUUAAAAGAGUCUAUUAAUCAUGGAUUAAGUGAUGAGGAUAAAUUACUGUGUUCGUAUCACAUGAAGACGGCAGUUUUCUGGGUAAUUCAACAAAACAAAUCGCCUCAAUGGCAUCCACAAAAUCUCAUGCAGUGUUUCUGGGUCUGUUUUAAGCUUAUCCUUAAAUGGGUGUAUGAGGGGGUAUGCCCAAACUUUUUUAUUCCAGAAAACAACAUGUUUCUGGGUAAAAUUUAUGGUGAAGCACAAAACAAAUUAUUUUUUAAGCUUUAUAAAUUGUAUGAGAAGGGUUUAGUUUCACUGCUUCAUAUUCCAUCUAUCAGUUAUAGUGCUACAAGUAUUUUUCACAAUCUCAGACUAUCUGUUGGUAUGAAACCCAUGUUGAUCUCCAAGGUUUUGUUUGAACUAGAUCUAUUUGAAGAAUUGUUUACAAAUCAUAUAUCAAAACCAUACCUAAAUACCUGUAUGAAGUUCCUCAAUGCUGUAGAAAAGUUGAUGAUUCUACCCCUGACUCAGUACCAAGUUCUCAUGUUACAGAAGCUCACAUCCACUAUACUCCAGAGGACCGCUUUUAUCUUUUCCAAUAUUGUAACUGUUUUUGUACAACUCAGAGUAAAUACUAGCUCAGUUGUAAACAAACAGGUAUAUCGGGCUAACAAAAGAAACAGAAAUAUGUUGAAAUUAGCAGCCAAGUUUGGGUGUAUUUCGGGCAUGUUGUAUAUUGCAAUGUUUUACUACAAAGCCCUUCGAUAUAAAGAAGCCUUAUCGAUUAUAGAGAUGACAAAAGUCAAGUUAUCUCAGCCAUAUGUAAGGUAUGUCAAACAUUUAACAAAAAAUGCAUUGCUGAACAUGUUUAAUGAGUCCUUAGGGGGACUGUCUUGGUCUAAAAAGUUGAGAGAUGCUGUAGCAUGGGAUAUUGUUCUUGAAAAUAGAAUCUGUUACAUUAAUGAAUUGGUGCCAGAACAACAGUCUGGGUUACAGUGUGGAUACCCUAUAUUAGUUAUCCCAAUUUAUGUUGUGUUACACAUGUUAGAGGUCUUGUGUUACAGACAUGUAGACCCAGUGAGAGCACAAUCAGCUCUGGAUGUUCUACAGAACCUGGUCCACAAUGAUCAGUGGAAAUACAUGGAGCCAUAUCAAAGAGACAUAUCCUGGGAGAUUCUUGGAAUCUGUCAACAGGUGACAUUGAACCAUGAAGAUGCUCUGAAUUCCUACCUACAAUCUCUCAGACAUUCAUCAAACAACAUACAAACUGCCACAGUGAUGAGAUUAGUUCAAGAAAUCACGGAACUCGUGAACAGAAAUCAAACAUAACUUAUCAGGAUCGUUACCUGUCAUAGUUCAGCAAUUCAGGAACUAUUCUUUGAGAGGAUUAAGAAAGACCCUCCUUAAUUUCACCU